GCCCAAUCAGCAGCAGCAACCCGGCCUCAGGGGAUGCAUCUGGCCGCGUGGUCCAACCAUGGUGUCAGCCCCACUGAAUCCAACUUGCCUCUUCGAGGGACCCACUCUCACAUCACCCACACCUAUCCAACCUCUCCUGCACCUCCCUUGAAUCUUCGUCCCCAUAGACUUGCCAACAAGUGUCCGCCGUAAACCGCAACAAGUUCACCUGUAAGUCUAUAUAAGCCCUUUGAGCCCUCUUGUGAAGAAUACGACCCAUCCUCUCCUUCCAAAGCUCGCCGACAAUCUUCUGCGCUCGUCUCUCCUGUUAACUUACUCGGCCAUGGAAGGUAGCUGCGUCGAUGAGGCACCGAGUCACUCGGCGAGGUGCCAACAGACGCCGCCGCAUGCGGGCGAGGCCCUGCAGCGCAUGGGCAGCGGCGUCAGCGCGGUGCUCGACCCGACCCCGGAGAGCGGGAUGGAGGCCGUGUCCAGGAAGCUGUCGUCGUCUCAGUACAAAGGCGUCGUCCCCCAGCCCAACGGCCGGUGGGGCGCCCAGAUCUACGAAAAGCACCGUCGGGUGUGGCUCGGCACCUUCGGCGACGAAGCCGAGGCCUCGCGCGCCUACGACGUGGCAGCGCAGCGGUUCCGCGGCCGCGACGCGAUCACCAACUUCAAGCCUCUCUCCGAGUCCGACGACGACGAGGCCUACGAGCUCUCCUUCCUCGUGGCGCACUCCAAGGCGGAGAUCGUGGACAUGCUGCGCAAGCACACGUACCACGACGAGCUCCACCAGAGCAAGCGAGCCCAGGGGGGCGGCCGGGUCGUUAGCAGGAGGACGACGCCGAGCUACCUACGCUCGGCUCGCCUGAUGUUGUUCGACAAGGUGGUCACCCCGAGCGACGUCGGGAAGCUGAAUAGGCUAGUGAUACCGAAGCAGCACGCCGAGAAGUAUUUCCCGUUGGAGAGCGGCAGCAGCGUGGCAUCGAAGGGUGUGCUGCUCAACUUUGAGGACGCCGGCGGCAGGGUGUGGAGGUUUAGGUACUCGUACUGGAGCAGUAGCCAGAGCUUCGUGCUGACAAAAGGCUGGAGCCGGUUUGUCAGGGAGAAGAACCUCAAGGCCGGGGACGUGGUCACCUUCUGGCGAUCCACCGGGCCGGAGAAGCAGCUGUUCAUCGACUGGAGGACGGACGUGAUCGCGAGCUUUCGCACGAUGACCCCGCCGCCUACUGUUAACCCGCUUCGGGUUGUGAAGCUGUUCGGUGUGGACAUAUCAGGAUUGCUGCCUGUUAAUGGUGGCGACAGGAAGAGAGGAAGAGAGACGGAGUUGUUUCCACCAUCACAGUUCUUCGAGCAGCAAUUCUUUUGAGGCUUUGUAGUGUCUUCAUAUCUUCCUAAGCUCUGCAUGUUCUGAUC